UUGCAACCAACAAUUGUACGUACGUAUCAAAAUCAUACGUUGAGUGAUGGCUAGAAUGGUGAAGAGUGCGUUUUUCUUCAAAUCUCUUUUCACGUUUUGGUACCGUUUUUUCUUCAGGCCAAUCAAGGGUCUCCGCAAAAGUACUAGCAAUAUCACAUUAGCAACCCAAUUUAAAUACCAGAGAUACCCCUCUUUGCUUCAUCGUUCAGACCUCAAUGAACACACUAUCAUCUUUGAUGUAGAAGGCUCGUUGUUGAAAUCAUCUUCAGUGUUCCCAUACUUCAUGCUCGUUGCCUUUGAAGCAGGAGGGAUCUUAAGAGCCAUUGUUUUGCUUUUGCUAUACCCUUUUGUUUGUUUAGUUGGGGAUGAAAUGGGGUUGAAGAUUAUGGUUAUGAUAUGCUUCUUUGGGAUCAAAGCAGAGAGCUUCAGGGUUGGAAGUGCUGUUUUGCCCAAGUUGUUGUUGGAGGAUGUUGGAGCAGAAAUGUUUGAGGUGGUGAAUAGAGGUGGCAAGAAAGUGGGGUUAAGCAAGUUGCCUCUAGUGAUGGUGGAAAGCUUCUUGAAAGAUUAUUUGGAGAUAGAUGAUGUUGUGGGAAGAAAGUUGAAAGUGUUCAAGGGUUUCUUUGUAGGGUUCAUGGAGGAGCGAAAAACCAUGCAUGAGUUGGAGCUAGUUCUUGAAGGGAAAGGAUACUGUUCCGAUAUCAUUGGAAUUUCAAGAUUUCAUAAGGAUCUUGACCAUUCCUUCUUUUCUCCAUGCAAGGAAGUCUUCAUGGUGACAGAAGCUGAUAAGAAAAGCUGGCAAAAGCUAGCAAAGGACAAAUACCCCAAAGCACUAAUCUUCCAUGAUGGAAGAUUAGCACUAAGACCCACACCACUCAAUGCUCUAUCCGUCUUAAUGUGGGUUCCUUUUGCUUCCAUCCUCUCCUUGAUUAGGAUCAUAGCAGGAGUCUCACUUCCCUAUAACAUUGCAACACCCUUCCUAACCUUAUCUGGGCUUCGUCUCACAACUUCAAGGCCCAAAACCCACAACACCCACAAACAAAAAGAAGAAAAUCCCAAUGGCAAUCUUUAUGUAUGCAACCAUAGAACAUUACUAGACCCUCUAUACAUCUCGUUCAUGUUGAAAAGAGACUUAGUGGCCGUGACAUAUAGCUUAAGUAGAAUAUCAGAGAUACUAGCACCAAUUAAGACCGUUCGUUUAACGAGGAACCGCAACGAGGAUGCAAAAACGAUGAAGCAAAUGCUGAAAAAAGGAGACCUAGUUGUGUGUCCUGAAGGGACCACAUGCAGAGAGCCAUAUUUAUUAAGGUUCAGCCCUUUGUUUUCGGAACUGUGCGAUGAAAUUGAACCUGUUGCUAUUGAUAGCCACGUGAAUAUGUUCCACGGCACAACCGCAGGGGGUCUUAAGUGCUUGGACCCAAUUUUCUUUAUGAUGAAUCCAUUCCCAGAUUACUUUGUUCAAUUGCUGGAGCACGUGUCACCUUCAGUUGCCACGUGUGAUAAUGAGGACUCCAAAUUUGUAGUGGCGAAUCAUGUACAAACGCAGAUUGCGAAUGCCCUCGGAUUUCAAUGCACUAAACUUAGUAGAAAAGACAAGUACUUGACUUUGGCCGGUAAUGAAGGUAUAGUCACUGGUAAAUAAUAAAUACUAUAUAGUUUUGAUGUUAAUGUUAAUGGUCAGUUUAAAUCACCUAUAGUUAA